AUGCCCGACACCGUCCACCCCGAAGUUACCUGGGCCCAGCGCUCCUCCGACUCGGACGCCGAGCGCAACUACCUCUACGUUAACCUGAAGACCCCCGAUGUUCCUAAGGAGGAGUCCAAGCUGAGCAUUACCCCCAACAAUGUCUCGUUCACCGGUCCCUCCGGCAAGGGUGUUACAUACUCUGUUUCGCUUGACCUCUACGGCGAGAUCGACCCCGAGAACAGCAAAGUGAACCACACUGCUCGUGAGGUUGAGCUGGUUCUGCGCAAGAAGGAGCUGAAGCUGGAGUUCUGGCCUCGCCUUCUGAAGGACUCUAAGAAGGUCCACUUCCUGAAGACCGAUUUCGACAAGUGGGUUGAUGAGGACGAGCAGGACGAGGCUGCGGAGGAUGACUACGCCAACAACUUCGGCGGCUUCGGUGGUGACGAAGGUGGCCUCAGCAACAUCGAUUUCUCCAAGCUCGGCGGCAUGGGUGGUGCCGGUGGCAUGCCCGACCUGAGCGCUCUGGCCGGUGCUGCUGGCGGUGCUGGAGGCGAGGAAGAGGGCGAGGAAGAUGAUGAGGACCUGCCCGAGCUGGAGGAAGAGGGUGGCGACGCCCAAAAGUCCACCAAGAUCCAGGAGGUCUCUUAA